UACUAGGUACGUACUAUAAUAACUCUUAUAUUAUACUUCGUAUAUCCGCUUGUCCCAAUGAUGUCCUUCCCAACCACCACCACCGUCCCGGCGGAAGGGACGCCGAUCGCCGCCGUCCCUCCCGAGAUCAUUGAAACCCACAUAUUGACCCGACUUGACGGCCCAACGCUCGCCUCCGCCGGCUGCGCCUUUUCUCAACUACGCACGCUUUGCUCCGAGGAGAAUCUUUGGCGACGAAUAUGCGACUCGACUUGGCCGUCAACCACCAACCCGAUCGUCCGUGACGCCAUCUCCGCCCUCCCUUCCGGUCACCGUUCUUUAUUUUCCGACGCAUUCCCUACAAUUCAUCACCGUGUCCCCCGACCGGAAUCUGGUCAGGGGACUACGGAGCUCAUUUCCGCCGUAGAUAUAUUCUACGGCGGAGGAUUGAUAUACUCGAAAGUUACCGUUUCCGAGACGGUGUCGAGUUGGUUCUUGUCCUCUCCGUUCAGAGUUGACCUUCUCAACAUGAAAGGGACGGUGGUGCCCAUGCCGGUGAAGUUCGACGGCGACGACGGAAAGUGUGUGGCCCACCUGGAAGAGCACUUGAAGCUGAGCUGGAUUCUCAUAGACCCGUCGAGUAAACGCGCCGUGAACGUAUCUAGCCUGAAGCCCGUCAACUUCCGGCGGCACUGGCUGACCGGAGAGAUGAAGAUUCGAUUCGCCACGGUCGUGGACGGCGGUGGAGACGGUGGGGAUCCGGUACAGUGCAGUGUGGUAGUCAUUUGCGAGGGAAAGGAAGGAGGGGAGUUGUACGUGCGGGAUGCGAGCAUGCAGGUGGAGGACGUGGAAGGGAAGGUUUUGAAUGGGAAGGACAGUAUGGUAAUUUUGGGAGAAGCCAUGGAAAGCUUAAGAAAGAAGAGAGAAGAAGGGGAAGAAAAGGAAAGGUAUAAAACAUUUGUAGUGUGUAAGAAGCAAUGGAGGGAAAUGAAGCGGAGAAAGGAAAAGAGAAUGGAUUUGGCGUGCAUAGCUGGUGGAAUUUGCACUUUAAUUGUGUUUUUUAGCCUAGUUUUCUUGGGGUCAGAAAAGGGUUAUGCUUAUUGUUUACGAUUUUUUGGAUAAACCAAUCCCGUAAAGUGAAACUGACUUUUUUACAAGUUGAAAUUAUAAUUUUUUUAUUUUUAUCGUUAUGUGUUUGAUAGGUAUAAAUUCCAAUUUCCAGCUUUUUUUUAUAAAUUUUUUAUUUUAAUCUUUAUGUUUGAUAGGUAUUUC